AUGGGGCUGCAAGCUGUGCUAUUGGCAGUGCUGAGGGACAGACACACAGCUCUGCUCUGCCCUCGUCCUCAGGAGCUCUUUGCGGAGUUCGGGACCCUGAAGAAGGCAGCUGUGCACUACGACCGGUCCGGCCGCAGCCUCGGCACGGCAGACGUGCAUUUCGAGAGGAAGGCCGACGCACUGAAGGCCAUGAAGCAGUACAACGGCGUCCCCUUGGACGGACGCCCCAUGAACAUCCAGCUGGUGACAUCACAGAUUGACACGCAGAGGAGACCAGCACAGAGUGUAAACAGAGGUGGCAUGACCAGAACCCGCGGGGUCUCAGGGGGGUUCGGCGGUGGGAGGCGAGGGACUCGUGGCGGGAACAGGGGCAGAGGCAGAGGAGCUGGGAGAACCUCCAAACAGCAGCUCUCCGCAGAAGAACUAGAUGCACAGCUGGAUGCUUACAAUGCCAGGAUGGACACCAGCUAAAGCGGCGGCGGCAUAGGAAGGACUCCGAUCUCGCUCCACGGGGCUGCGGCUGUGGCUACUAAUACCGAGGAUGGGAUUUGUUUUACUUUUAUGUUCUGGGAUAGGUUUUAAACUCCUGUAAAGGUUUUUUUUAAUUCCGAGCAGACCUGUUUUGUACCGAGUUAUUUUUGGGAUAAAUUUUUCUGGUGGCCUGUUGGGCCGAGGUGGCUUUUUCACCUUUGCCGUAAUAAAAUAGAAUCGUGUCUAGAG